AUGACCACUGUCCACACUUGCAGAUGGGAAUGGUGCCGUGAUGCAUUUAGCAACCAUGCAGAUUUGGUUGACCAUUUUAAAAUUCAUAUGAUGAGGGGCAGGCCCAUCACGAGGAAAAAGGCGGCUGAAGUGCUGCGAACCGAGGGAUAUACGCCAGAGGAAAUUGGAGUACGGACUAUUCCCGGCUAUGUUCCAGCUCCAUCGGUCGUGGACGACCCCGUUUCUCAACCCCUUGGAGAUCCAGAGCCCAGAAACUCCCCUAUUAUUGAGCCGCAAACGCCAAAACCAGUGGCUGCAGCUGUCGUACAUACUCCCAAUUCGGGUAUGGAUAUGCCGCCCAGCUCUCCCCCACCCGCCUCGCCCAGCCCGCAAAACACGCCAAUCGCUGACCAGCUCGAAAACAUGUCGAUCAGCGAACCAGAAGAUGGCAACUUGGGCACUUAUUCUCACAUGAUGGUACCUCUAUCAAGUCCUUCCGCCAACAGCAACAAAAACGGAGCCAAUACUCCGGGCUCAACUCGUAGCGCUCGCGGUAAACGCAGGUCCUCGUUUGCAGAAAUGUCUUCAUCCCCUCCACCGGACGAAUUCAGUGCGCCCAGGAAGCAACCCCUCCCUGAAUCUCCCACCGUAGCUGUCAUCAUUGCCGAGCGGGAAAGGGGCCUUCAAGAAAAAGCAAGGGAGCGAGAGAACAUGGUGGCGGCUGAGAGAGCUCGGGAACUGCGCCGAGAAGCCGACAAAGCAGCAGAGAAAACCCAAAGGACAGGAAGUCCUCCAAGAGGCGCACCCAGCGUCGUUCGAUUCCGUGGACGAUGGCGAGGACGAGGACGCCGUGGUCUGACCCUGUCUAGGGCUAUCCCUCCAGGGACUCCCCAAUCCAAGGCUCCUGCGCCGUCGUUCAGCCCACCACGACCUGUAUCGGCCAGUCAGGACACGGUCGACAAAAUGAUGAGUCAAUACACUCACGCAGAUUCAGAUGAGGAUAUCCAUGCGAACCUGAUGGAGAAUCUGGGCGGUGCAGAUUGGGGAUUGCAAACCCAAGUACCAUUCGCACCACAGACACAGGAAUCCUAUGGACACUCAGAAGCCAGUGGCUCGCAUGGUGGACCCCAGUCCCAGGCUGUAUCCCAAGGGUCUCAACGGUACUAA